UAAAACUUCUCCUAUACAUCUACAAUCAUACAUCUUCUUCAUCCUUACUACCAACCACCUGCUUCAACCGAGUACGCCGGUGCUGCGUUUGGACAAUUGACUUGCUGAGCAACUCACUCUGUCCGCGGCGACAAGUCUGGCUCUUUAAAAGGCCAGCGGUAGUACUGUACUCGAUCCAUUCAACGCCUGUCCGUAACAUCUGUUUCCGCCUGGUCAAUUUCAAUCAUCAAUUGCGACAGCUCACAGACGCUUCACGUGCAGUAGCUUAUCGUCAGCCCGAUCAGUCGAGGACAACUUUGGGCACACUCGCUACUUUCAAUUGAGUAAGCCGGCCGGCAGUACCUACCUUGCGCUACCCCGCCAUCGCCACGACCUGCCUAUCUUAUCAUGUCUACACCGCUCAACAACGGCGCUGCGGCCAAAUCCAGCAAUCCCCUAAAGCGGGUUGACCUCGACGGCCAUGACCUCCCUCCUUCGCCGACGCCCUCCAGUCCUCGCAAUGGCCGCCGCCGCUAUGCUCUAGCCACUGAGCUGGUCUAUACUGACAGUAACGACCAGUAUGGCGCUUCCAGCAUUCCCAUCUACCAGUCCGCAACCUUCAAGCAGACCUCUGCCACUGGUGGUAAUGAGUACGAUUAUACUAGGUCAGGGAACCCUACCCGCACCCACCUCGAGCGCCAUCUGGCCAAGAUCAUGAACGCCACGAGAGCUCUUGCCGUUGGUUCCGGCAUGGGUGCCCUAGAUGUCAUUACUCGCUUGUUGCGCCCCGGCGACGAGGUCAUCACCGGCGACGACUUGUACGGAGGUACCAACCGGCUGCUUGCGUACCUGUCCUCUAACCAGGGAAUCAUCGUUCACCAUGUUGACACCACCAACGUGGAAAACCUUCGCCACGUCGUCUCUGACAAGACGGCUAUGGUUUUGCUCGAGACGCCGACAAACCCUCUCAUCAAGAUCGUCGACAUCCCCUCGAUUGCCAAGCUUGUGCACGAUGUCAACGACAAAGCCUUGGUUGUUGUUGAUAACACUAUGCUCUCGCCCAUGCUCUUGAACCCCCUGGACAUCGGUGCUGAUAUUGUGUAUGAGUCGGGUACGAAGUAUCUAUCUGGACACCAUGAUAUCAUGGCAGGCGUGAUUGGUGUUAAUGACUCGUCCAUUGGGGACAAACUGUACUUCACCAUUAACGCCACCGGAUGUGGUCUUUCGCCCAACGACUCAUUCCUCCUUAUGAGAGGUAUCAAGACGCUCGCUAUCCGCAUGGAAAAGCAGCAGACCAACGCUCAGCAAAUCGCCGAAUUCCUCGAGUCCCAUGGAUUCAAGGUCCGAUAUCCAGGACUCAAAUCCCACCCUCAAUAUGACUUGCACUGGUCCAUGGCGCGUGGCGCCGGCGCCGUUCUGUCUUUUGAGACUGGCGACGCCGCUCUCUCGGAGAGAAUUGUCGAAGCUGCUAAACUAUACAGCAUUAGCGUGAGCUUCGGCUGUGUGAACAGUCUGAUCAGUAUGCCUUGCCAAAUGAGCCAUGCCAGCAUCGACGCCAAGACCCGGAAGGAGAGGCAAAUGCCGGAGGAUCUCAUUCGGCUCUGUGUUGGCAUUGAGGACGUUACGGAUUUGAUUGAGGAUCUCUCCCGUGCCCUCGUCCAGGCGGGAGCGGUCCACGUGACUUUGGAGGGAUUUCAUGCGGCCCAGUCUGUCCAGGAGGCAUGAAAGUUGUGACCGGACACGGAAAUACAACACCGUGUGACUAGACCUGGGUGGGCUCGCAGGUUUUUCACCAGUGCGGAAGAAAUUCCAUAUCUACAACAUGAUGGCACUUGACUGUGAAACCGCUCGGGUAUAUGUUAGAAAGAGAAAAAAACAAAAUGCAGAAAGUCAAGGCCAAUGAAGUUGAACAAGCAAAAGGAAGGAGGGAAAAGCUUAGUUUAUUCUGCCACGGCAUCGCGUGGAGUUACUUG